ACUGCACACAGGAAAAUAGCUGAAGCCAGGGGCGGACUGACAACUCAUGGGGCCCUCGGGCAUUGGAAACCCGGGCACUGCCUGGGGUCAGUAGGGGGCCCCAAGAGAUGCCCUGGUACCUUUUUCAUAGGCUUUUUUGAGUUUGGGCAAGGACAUAGGGCCCCUCCGUGAUCCCCUAUUGCCCGGGGGCCCCAUGAGUUGUCAGUACGCCCCUGCCCAGAACAAGUUGCCUGGUUUACUUGUUACAAAAAGUGCAGUGUUCAGGAGUGCAGCACACAGAG